UGUGUCCGAGCUAGGGCUUUAUAUACACACCACAGCGCUCGGCCCUUUAACAAUGGAUGGACAGAUACUGGUCGAUUGUUGAUGGACGGGGCCGGGCAGCGGCGGGGAGCCUCGGUUAAGGGACGAGGGAUGCGCUUGGAGUGUGUGAAGAGACCGGGAGCUGCUCAGUGACUGAGACCUGGUUAUUCAACCUUUUUCUCAGUAGAUUUCCCAUGAAAUGGAGCUUGAAGGGUUGUGGUGGAAGGGUCAGCUCGCUGCAGACAUCCAUCAGGCUCUCCGGUACAAAGAAUUGAAGCUUCCGUCCUACAAAGGCCAAUCUCCCCAGCUGAACUUAAGACGCUACUUUGCAGACUUGAUCGCUAUUGUCAGUAAUCGAUUUAAGCUGUGUCCUACUGCCCGUCACCUCGCGGUCUACCUGCUGGACCUCUUCAUGGACCGAUACGAUAUCUCUAUCCAACAGUUACACAUCGUGGCGCUGUCCUGUUUGCUAUUAGCAAGUAAAUUUGAAGAUAAGGAGGACAGAGUACCAAAACUGGAUCAGCUGAACAGUCUAGGAUGUAUGACCAACAUGAACCUGGUGCUAACCAAACAGAACCUGCUCCACAUGGAGCUUCUGCUGCUGGAGACCUUUCAGUGGAACUUGUGCCUGCCAACUCCUGCCCACUUCAUAGAUUACUACUUGUCCAUUGCUGUCCAUGACACUGACCUCCAUGACGGCUGGCCCAUGAUCUGCCUAGAAAAGACCAAAAUCUACAUGGCCAAAUAUGCAGACUAUUUCUUAGAAGUAUCUCUGCAAGAUCACAUGUUUUUAAAUUACAUUCCAUCCCUCGUGGCGGCUGCAUGCGUCGCAGCCUCCCGCAUUAUCUUGCGGCUUACACCCUCCUGGCCUACGAGGCUUCACCGUCUUACUGUGUACUCCUGGGACAUCCUUGUGCCUUGCAUUGAGAGAUUACUGAUUGCACAUGACAAUGACGUGAAAGAAGCCAAUAAGCACAAGUCUCAGCUGAGCCAUGGAGUGACUCCAUGUCUGUUUCCACAGUCCCCGGCCCCACCACAAGCCCACGUCCAGCAGCACAUGCCCCACUUUCUGCAUUCCCAGCACCAGCUGCAGUUUCAUCAUCAGCCAGCUCCUCAACAGGCCGGCUGUCAGCAGAUCGUGUCUACAGCCCAUACGUCAGCAUUCCCUCUGCAGACCUGCUCCUCCGGCCUGACCUCUGCCAUCCAGCCCCGGGCACACAUACAGACUGCUGCCAGCGUCUCACUAGCCGCUGUACCUAUAGAAGUGAAACCCUGCUUAGGAGUGUCUUACAACAGAAACUUUCCAGUCAAUGGACACUACUCCUGUAUCACGCAGUGUUUUGAGAGGUGAUGAAGGCCUUUCCUAACCCUCCUGUCCUCCUCAAGCAAUACUUACUGUGAAACCUACAGUGUGUACUUUUUCUUUUGGGGUUCUACCUCUUCCCUCAGUGAUGCAAGACCAGAGGAACGUCUGUUACAUGAACAAAGAGAGUCUGAGAUUCAAUUCAAUGUGAGAUUCCUUGGCCAAACCACUCAAUGGCGCUAAAGAAUUGACUGACUGCCCAGGACACCCAGCACGUUCUUCAGGGAAUCAUACUUAUUUUUUUUUUUUCUCCAGGCAACAUUGCUGAUAUGUUAUGAAGGAGAUAUGCAGUAUUAUAUGUAGAAACGUUGCCUAUCCGUGAAGAUGCGGCAGAAACGCCUUCACCCGUUGCCGGCGUUAUGUCUGCGGCAUACUGGUGCUUGUCUGUCGUAAGACUGGUCACUCUACUGGUAAACGUUGAAACGUUGCUCUAAUAUUUCCACUAUACCUCAAGUUUUGUUUUUUUAAGGUAAUCUUUCACACUAACUCAGGGAAAUAAUAUAUAUCUAUAACUUACUCUUCUUCCUGCUGCUGGUGUUUUAUUUAACAUGGGGUUUUGACCUUUAUCUAGAUAGUUUUGCGUCUGUCCAGCAAAAAAAAUAUAGAUAAUUUUUUAAGCUGCUCUUAUGCCCCUUUUGGAUCUGUCUUCAGCUGAAUCCCCUUGUGGAAGCAGUGUAGUGAAACUUGUAUCCAAAUAUAUACUGUGUGCUGUUACAAGAACAAAUGGAGAAAUUUGGUUGAAAACCCUCUUGUUACUUUUAGAUAAGGAUUUGAGGUAGGGUUAGAUAUAAUUUGUGUGAUGUCUUUACAAGCCAAAUGACGAUGACCAAAACUGGUGUCCAUGAUAGGAGCAGGAAAUUAAAAUGACUGGUCUACUUGACAAGUCACAUCAGUAGGGAUUUUUAGAACUCUUAUUGAUCCCUCAACAGAGGUGACCAUACACACAACCACCUCUUAACUAUCAACUGGUCUUGACCUCCCUAGUGAUCCUGACGCCCAAUCCUUGCGGCUCUAAUAACGCAUAUGAUUUUAAGUAAAAAAAUAAAAAAAAAUCCCUUCAGUUCCAUGUCGGAAAGGUCAUUAAGCUAAGGCAAAAACCUAUCUUUUCAUGUUAAAAAUAAGGUGUUUUGGGGAUUACUGCCUGAAGCGAUACUAAAGCCAUUUAGCGAAACUUUUUUUUUUCCUUUUCUCCUGCUGUCAAUUUGUCCAAAUAUUGUAGAGCUAUGUGAUAUUGCUAUUUUAUUACGGUUAUUAUUUUCUUAGUGUAGUUAGGAAAUCCCAUUCUGCUUCUUUAAUCUUAGUUGAAUAGCGUUUACACGGUUUGUUUAAUAAAACAAAAAAAUAAAAAUAAAAAUGUUGGACCUCAUGUAUAGAAAGUAGUGAAGACAAAAAUUGUAGGCCUUGUCCAUAGAAAUCAAUUUAGGUUUCGGCUAUCAUUUUCAGCGCAGGUUGUAAAAUGAGUGCGUUGAUCUGAUUUGUUGACAUCUGGAAUAGUUUUUGAUCUUUUUUUUAUUUUUGGGUGUUUUGAUUUUUUUUUAUUUUUUUUUUUUUUUUUUUUUUUUUUUUUUAUGUAAGGCCCAUAAUUGUGUUUAAACAAGAAGUGCCCAAAUACUAAGAAAUCCUCAUUUUUUAGCUAUAGCAUUCCAGCUUGAGGACUUCAGAAGUGUCUUUAUUUAACUACCUCAUUGUUACGAUUUUCUGCCCUAACUUGAAUAACAGCUAACAUGUGAGCCCGACUUUUAGGAAGUAUAGUUGUGUAUGAGUUGUGUACAUUUUUGUUUUUUCUUUCACCAUCAACUACUAUAGAAUGUACUAGCUAUUACUAACACUGGAGCUGUCCUUUAGCUAUGGAAGGGAACAAUUGAGAGAAUAUAAAAAUGCUAUCCCAAUGUAUGGCAUCUGUAUAUAGUCCAUUUAGACUGUUUUUUUUUAUUUUUUUAUACCGUAUAUAAUUUUAGAAGGCAGCACAUUUCGACUUAAAAUUCACUACAAUUUUUCAUUUUUUUUUUUAUUAUUUAUUAUGUAGUAUAUUAGGUUUGUUGUGCAAAGACAAAUAGUUAAGAAAAACAGCCAAAGCUAUGUUCACAAGGAGCUGUUCAUUGAGAAGGGACUUGACUACAUGUUUGAAUGCAGAAGCCAAAUUGUGGGGGAGGGGGAGGGGGUUGAUUAUUACAAUUUCUUUUUUUUUUUUUUUUUUGUGGGAUGAGUAGAAAUUGUUGGAGUAUUAAACCACAACAAAGAAUUCUGGGUGAGUGCUAUGCACUUUGGAUUUUUUAUUAAACCUUUUC